AACCGCCUUCUAGAGGUGGCCCGGUGCAGUGAAUGAACCAAGUGUUUCAUGCAAAACAAAUCGGUGGACAGAACCAAAUGAGACAGCUUCACCUUAGUUAGUCGGGGGUGCCAGUCUCGAAACUUGGACGGAUAAGUUGGGCAGCAGGCAGUUGAUCGAGAAUCAAUUCGUGUGCGCGCGAAAAAGUGUCAUGCGGUGGCGUUCCGGCGUAGAUCCGGACAGGAUAGUGGACUCGGUGACAAAGUGAACUAACCUUAAGGAAAUAAUAAUAUUUAUAAUAAAAAUGAAAUCUUCAAUGUGCCUUGGGAAGAGAGUGGUGUUGCAUUUUGUGGUGGUACUGAUGGUGAUUCAGUUUGGGCGGUCAUCGGGACAGGACAUCACCGAUCAGACCUCAUCGUUGGAUAUGGGUUCGAUGAGGAGUAUGUUUCACGCGUUGCGCCAAUGGACGUUCGACUUUGUGGGCAAGACUGGCCUUCGGACGAGGGGAUUUUUCCUGCAGGAGAAGAUUCCAAAUGAGCUCCCGUUUCCGUGUGAUGUGACGCUGGGGAGGAGCGAACGCGUGCCGAAGAGUGUCCACAAGUUACGCCCAGGUGACAUCAACGUUAUCGCCGCGAUGGGUGAUUCCUUGACGGCGGCCACCGGAGCAGCCGCCACCUCUGUGAGAGAUCUGUACAUGGAGAACCGUGGCCUUUCGUGGAGCAUCGGCGGCCAGUGGAACUGGCGCAACGUGACGACGCUGCCCAACAUACUGAAGGAGUUCAAUCCGAAGCUCGUCGGUUACUCCCUCGGCGACUCGUACCCGUUCCACAAGGAGUCCCAGUUCAACAUGGCCGAAAUUGGGGCAGUUUCGUACGACAUGCCGUUCAUGGCGCAAUCGCUGGUCAAGCGGAUCCGCGCCGACCCGCGGGUAGAUUUCAAACGCGACUGGAAGCUGGUGACCAUCGCCAUCGGGGGCAACGACAUCUGCUCGUUCGUUUGUACGAUGGAAAGCCCGGAAGAUCUGCCGGCAAAGCACCGGUUGCGGAUGACGCGGGCGCUGCGCUACCUGAGGGAUAACAUGCCGAGGACGUUUGUGAACCUGGUGUCGAUGCCGUCGGUUGAGACGGUCGUCUCGAUGAAGUCGAAGCCGAGCAUUUGCAACACGCUGCACCACGGAGAGUGCUCCUGCUGGGUCGGGAAGCUGUACAAUCAGACGGACGAGUCAAGAUUGAGGUGGCACCGGAUACAGGAUGGGAUGGUUCAGGCAGAGAGAGAAGUGGCUCAGCUGGAUGAGUUCCGUCGGUUAGACGAAUUUGCAGUGAUGUAUCAGCCAUGGUCCACAGAAAUAACGCUAAAAAUGAAUGGCCGCGAGACGGACCACACACUGCUUGCGUACGACUGUUUCCACAUGAGCCAGAAAGGAAAUGCAUAUGCUGGCACGGCCCUAUGGAACAAUAUGCUCGAGCCGCCGGGUCGUAAAAGCACCAACUGGAAACCUCUGUUUGAGAACUUCAAGUGUCCAACCGCGAAGGUGCCCUACAUCUUUACCUACGAUAAUAGCUAGGUUCGAAACCUUCUCCUCUCGCGAAGGUGUCUGUCUAGUGCUACAUAAUUCUACCCUCUCUACCUGUCUGGUACGCCUGCCCCCGCCCCAGUUUCAAUAGUUUCUAAGUGUAAUUUAUUCAUGAGAGUGGGGUCUUGCAAUGUAAGAAAGAUAGUAAAAAAAGUCAAACGGUAGGUUUGUUUCUUCAGUCACAUGAUUGAUUUCAAUUAAACCAGUUAGAAGAGUUAAGUAAGUCAAAUAAAAGCACGCUAAUUGAGCGCAAUUCGAUGCAACGAA